UAGGUUUCAACUCUCACAAAGACAGACACAAAAACGCCAAACGGUGCCCGUGUGCCUCCAUUUCAUCCCUACUCUCACCAUUCCUCUAUUUCCCGCUUUUCUCUCUCCUCCUUUCCCUCCUUUUGCGUCCCCUUCAAAAAAAUCUCAACGACCUGCAAAAAUUUCUGUUCCAUUUUCGUUCUGCAACUUAAUCACUCAAUCAUUCUAUGCUUUUCUAGCCCUCUUUCAUGGCGGGAGGCCGUUUAUCGCAUUUUCUCCGUCGCUAUUCUUCCAAGUACACCAUUUUUCAGGUUAGGGUUUUACUCUCCAAUCCUCUUUCUAACUUUAAGAAUUAUUCUCUUUCAAUUUAUCGUUUAUCUUCGUCAUCGAAUUCAAGUUAUGGUUUUCGAGAAACAUCGUCACCUUUUCUACCACAAUUUCAUUUCUAUGGUGCUAAGUCAUUUUCUACCUCCGGCGGAACUGAUGUUUAUGAGCUAAAAGCAGAUAAUUUAAAUGCCGAUAACAAUUUAGUUGAUGAUAAUCAUGAUAAUGUAGUUGCUGAUUUAGAUGCUGUUGUUGAUUCUGACAUGUUAUAUGAGCAUGUUGAUGGUGAGUUAAGUUCCUCUAAAAAUUAUGAAGGAUUUGAACAUGUUGCUUCUGUUGAUCCCGUAGAAAUCUAUAGGCAGCUCUGUGAGUUGCCGAGGGAUGCCGAAUUAUGUAGGGAAGAUUGGCAGUUAUUACAUGAUAUAUUUGGCCGGUUAUCAAGGUCUGCUUGGGCAUCUAAUCAAGCUUUGGCUAUAUACAUUGGUGCAUCAUUUUUCCCAACUGCAGUGCAAAAAUUUAGGGGAUUUUUUAUUAGGCAUUGCCGGAAAGAUAUUGCAAAUUAUUUGCUUUCUCUGGGACCUGGAGAUGAAGCGGAUAAGUUUUUGUUUCCUGUGUUUGUAGAAUAUUGCAUUGAACAGUUCCCUAAUGAGAUUAAGAAGUUUCGGAAUAUGGUUGAGUGUGCUGAUCUAACCAAACCUCACACUUGGUUUCCCUUUGCAAGGGCGAUGAAACGCAAGAUUGUUUAUCAUUGUGGGCCUACUAAUAGUGGGAAGACGUAUAAUGCUUUGCAACGGUUUAUGGAAGCUAAGAAAGGGGUAUAUUGUAGUCCGCUCAGGUUGUUGGCAAUGGAAGUAUUUGAUAAGGUUAAUGCUCUUGGUGUUUAUUGUAGUCUUCUUACAGGACAAGAGAAGAAACUUGUGCCCUUUUCUGAUCAUGUUGCCUGCACAGUUGAAAUGGUAUCCGCUGAAGAAGUGUAUGAUGUUGCAGUUAUUGAUGAGAUACAAAUGAUGGCUGACCCUUGCAGAGGAUUUGCGUGGACUAGGGCGUUGCUCGGAUUAAAGGCUGACGAAAUACAUCUAUGUGGAGACCCAAGUGUUCUGAAUAUCGUGCGAAAAAUUUGUUCAGAUACAGGAGAUGAGUUGGUGGAACAGCACUAUAGUAGAUUUAAACCAUUGGUUGUUGAAGCGAAGACAUUGCUAGGGGAUCUUCGGAACGUUAAGUCUGGUGAUUGUGUAGUUGCAUUCUCGAGGAGGGAAAUUUUUGAGGUAAAAUUGGCCAUUGAAAAGCAAACAAAGCACCGAUGCUGUGUUAUCUAUGGUGCUUUGCCGCCAGAGACUCGCAGGCAACAAGCUACUCUGUUCAAUGACCACGAUAAUGAAUUUGAUGUCUUGGUUGCUAGUGAUGCUGUAGGAAUGGGCUUGAAUCUUAACAUAAAAAGAGUAGUGUUUUACAGCCUUUCAAAGUACAAUGGGGACAAGGUUGUUCCUGUUCCAGCCUCACAGGCUAAACAAAUUGCAGGUAGGGCUGGUAGGAGAGGAAGUCGCUAUCCAGAUGGUCUUUGCACUACUUUGCAUUUAGAAGAUCUAGAUUAUCUAAUUGAAUGUCUGAAACAACCUUUUCAGGAAGUUAAGAAAGUCGGUCUUUUUCCAUUUUAUGAGCAAGUUGAGCUUUUUGCUGGUCAACUACCUAACACAACUUUCGCUCAGCUUCUUGACAAGUUUGCUGAGAACUGUCGCCUGGAUGGAUCUUACUUCUUGUGUCAACAAGCUGGUAUUAAAAAGGUGGCUAAUAUGUUGGAGAAAGUUCAGGGUUUAUCACUGGAGGAUCGUUAUAAUUUUUGCUUUGCUCCUGUUAACAUUCGGGACCCAAAGGCAAUGUACCAUCUCCUAAGGUUUGCUUCAUCAUUUAGUCAAAAGCUUCCUGUCAAUAUAGCAAUGGGCAUGCCUAAGGGUUCUGCUAAAAACGAUUCAGAGCUAUUGGAUCUUGAAACUAAGCACCAAGUCUGUUCUAUGUAUCUGUGGUUGUCAAACCAUUUUAGAGAGGAGAAUUUUCCUUAUAAGCAAAGGGCAGAGUCUAUGGCAUCUAAUAUUGCUGAAUUGCUUGGUGAAUCUUUAACUAAAGCAUGUUGGAAACCAGAAUCGAGGGGAGCAAGUAAGAAACCUGAACAGAAAGAUGGCUAUGAAAGACCACAAUCACUAAUCCAAGUAUUUGAUAAGAAAAGGCAGGAUGAGUCCUUGGCACAAGAUAAAUCUGAUAAAGCUAAGAAGACAACUGUUUAGUUUACUAGGGGGGGAAGCACAGGAUUAUGAAGAGGAGAGAGAUAGAGAGAAAUGAAGGGAUCCAUGUGAUGAAGGGAGAGACAGAGAAGUAAAUGCCACAUAAAGUUACGUUUCAUUUAUUCUGGAACGGCAUGAAAUUAUAAAUGUUUCAUUUAUUUUAGAACAGAUCAAGUAUAUAUUAUAAAUGCCGUGGUAUGCGUCAUUUAUUUGAAGUCCUUAUUGGAUCCUUUAUCACUUUCAAUGGAAGGGAUCAGAGGAUGAGGUCUCUGACCAGGGCAUACCAGGAGGGGGGUUGACCAGUCUGAAAGGGAAAAGUUAACUGAAUCAGAUCGAAAUAGGAUUUGGUUUCUCCACAGGAUUGUUCAGGAUCAAAAUAGGGUAUGGGAUCACAAGCACAAGUCUUAACGGGUGGUUUAUGGUUCCUGCCCAUCUGUCUCCCUCUCAUUAAUAAUUUUGUUAUGUGGUUGAAUAUGGUAACUAUAUCACUAUAUGCAUAUUUAUCGCUUACAAUAAUCACAUCUUAGUGUGCAAACUUGAGCUUUGACCCUUCUCGUUAUCUAUGUCAAAGAUGUUUAGUGGAGGUAGUUUAGGAUCUCAGUGUACAUUUUUCGAUCAUAUCAUAUUGCCUGUUUUUUAGGACUUCGUUUAAAAAUGGAACCAACGUAAGAUGGCGAUCUAACAACUUAGGUUCUUUUACAAAUUGAUUUUAUAUAUCAGCUUAUUUGUGUGAAAUUUGAACUUUUGUUCUUCCUUCGUUUUUUCUACAUGUUACACUUUUAAAAUUACGGACUUGGGUAAUUUUUGGAAAGGAGAGAGAUAGAGAUAAAGAAAACAAAAGGUCUCAUGUGAACAUGUGAUAGAAGAGAGAUAGAGAGAAGUUAUUAACCAAAAUAAAAGUGUAACAUCUAAUUUGAGACUUUCUAAUAUAGAAAGUAUAAAAUCUAACAAAACAGAGAAAAUAUUUCAUUUUUUAAUUUUAGCGUUUCAUUCUCUUUUAAUGUAUGUAUUGGAGGUAAUAACAUUGAAGUGUUUCAGCAGAUAAGUUUAACUUAAAGUAAGUAUUGGCAUAGUUAAUCCCAACUUUCACUAAUCUGUCCAAAUAAUCUCAAAUUUUGACUUUUUUUAGAAUAAUCCCAAGUUUGGAGGUUACCUUCCCAAAAUAAACCAAAUUGUUAAUUUUCUCAUCCACCCCUCCUUUCAAAGUGGAAUAUUUUGUGCCAGGUAUGAGAGGAAGGCUUGUGCAGCAUCCACACUCCAAGCCCAGUGGGCUCCUGUGUGAGGGAGCGUGAUAGAGUAUAAAACUAUUCUUGAGAUUCCAACUAUCAGCUUAGAUUUUUAGUUGAGUUGGUCUUUAGACAUUAUGUAACACAGAAAAUAGAUAAAUGAAGUCAAGAAUGACAAGAGCUUGCAUUAUUUUUGGAAAGGUACUUCCAAUGGUUGGAAUUAUUAAUGAAUAAUCCAAAGGCCGGAAUUAUUUGUGAA